GCACGCUGUCCCCAAACCUCCCCCUGCGUUGAGCGUUUUGGAUGAUUCCUACUGAGGUUCCCAGCAGCACUGGGAUGAACCAUGCGGGGGGUUCGGGGGAGCCCACUCCUUCGCUUAGCCCAAGCUGCGGGAGGAAGCGACUGAGCGUAGGAGAGCUGCGCUUGUACUUCGAGGCUCGGUGCUCGGCUGAGAGGAACGGGCAGAGGGAGCCCCGGAGGAGGAGAAGGAUGGGCAGCGGCAGCUGGCACCGGAGCAACGGGGAGGUGUCCGAGGAGCCGAGGCGGGGGAGCUGGGAGCCCCCUGUUAUCCCUCAGCUGACGGUGACAAGUUCUGAGGAGCCCACGCUUCCCCCCAGCCCGGUCGCGGUGCUCGGUCUGGGGACGGACGGCUUACUGAAACUCACCAGCCGGAGGCUGUCCGUAUCCACCAACUCCCUGUCAUCCACCGGCUCCUCCUCGGCACUGGAGGAUUCCGAGGACGACCUGCUGAGCGACUCCGAGAGCAAGAGCCAGGGCCACGUGGACCUGGAGCACAGUGAGGAGCAGGGAUUGAGUAAAUCCUGGCAGAAGAUAAGGACCAUUGUGAAUAUCCCCGUCAUCAGUCCAUUCAAGAGACGCUGGGUGCAGCUAGCUGGCCACACAGGAAGCUUUAAAGCAGCGGCGGGAGGUACGAUUCUGAAGCGCUAUUCUGAGAUCGAGAAGAACUGCUUCGAGGGGCUGAUGAAUGACUCCCUGGGCUGCUGCGUUCCCACGUUCCAUGGCGUGGUGGAACGAGAUGGGGAAAGUUAUAUUCAGCUGGAUGACUUGCUCAACAACUUCGAGGAGCCGUGUGUUAUGGACUGUAAAAUGGGGGUCAGGACGUACUUGGAAGAAGAGUUGACAAAGGCCCGCGGAAAGCCAAAACUGAGGAAGGAUAUGUACAAGAAAAUGAUCGAGGUGGAUCCAGAGGCUCCUACGCCAGAGGAACAUACUCAGCAAGCAGUGACAAAGCCACGAUACAUGCAAUGGAGAGAGACCAUCAGUUCAACGUCAACCUUGGGCUUUAGGAUAGAGGGUAUAAAGAAAGGUGAUGGGACGUGCAACACGAACUUCAAAACAACGAAAACACUGGACCAAAUCCACAAAGCAUUCUUUGAGUUUAUCGAUGGCGACAAGAAGAUUCUGAGUAACUACCUGCGCAGACUGAAAGAAAUCCGAGCUGUGGUCGAGUCAUCAGAAUUCUUUAAACAACAUGAGGUAAUCGGAAGUUCCUUAUUGUUUGUACACGACAAAAACGGCAAGUCUAAUGUGUGGCUAAUUGAUUUUGGGAAAACAACUAGUUUGCCUAAAGGGCAGACGCUGGACCACCGCGUCCCCUGGCAAGAGGGGAACCGCGAGGAUGGUUAUCUGUAUGGAUUUGACAACCUCAUUGAUAUCUUAUCCGGAAUUGCAUCCUGAUGAGAAUCCUCCACCGAGGAAACUGACCACUACAUUAAGAUGUUUCAUCUUAACAUUUUGCUGCAAACCGGGGAGGGGUGGGGGGAAUUAAGCCAUGGAUUUUACAUUACGGUGGUGGAACUGAAGACGCUUUUAAAUGAGGAAUCGCAAUUGCUUACGAUGUACAACUUUUCCAUACAGACACCUAGGACAGCGUGGACUUCAUUUACAA